GUGCGGCGGCAUGGCGGAGCCUUUGGUGGCGCCGUCGCCACCACAGCAGCAACAUGAAAACGUUAAUAUCACGCAAGUGUUCAGUCCAGACGAGAUCUGGGCGACUCCUUCGUUUACCUCCAGGUUUCUGUACCUGGAGCAGGAGAUGGUGACCACGUGCGCGCAGCAGAGGCACCAGCUGAAGGCGGAGCUGCGCGUGCGGCCCGGAAUGGUGUGCGUGUACCACCGGGCGGCCACCGACCGUUGGUACCGGGUGCGCGUGCUCACUCGGUUCCGGCGCUCCGUCGGACCCUGCUGCCAAGUGCAGCUCCUCGACUACGGCGAACAGCAGACGGUGCUGGACGUGGACCUAUACCGCCUGCCGGAGCCGUACUGCGACCUCAACCACCUACCGGCCCAGGCGAUCCGUAUACGGCUGGCCGGGCUGUGUCCCAUGCAGCUGGGCUUCGUCGUCAGCGACCAGGGCGCGGUGCUCGGAACGAUGGAGCGGGCCAGCCGGUGGUCGGAGGCGGCCUGCGCUCUGGUGCGCCGUCUCCUGACGCCCGGUACGCCCUGUCGGCUCGAGUGGACCCGCUGCAGCCGCGCCGGGGUGCGCCACGGCCGACUCCGCGUGCUGGGAGACGCCGAGGCCGACAUCGCUCAGCGACUGAUCGCUGAACAAGUGGCGCAGGCCAGGCCCGAGCACGAGCCAUCCUCCUCUUCCGAGUGUGACGAGCCGAGUCUGGUGACGGAGCCGGCGCCCCUGCGGCACACCGAGGUGGUGCUCGACUCUGACGACUCGUCCGAGCCGGACGGACCGCCGCCGGCCCGGCCUGACACCGGCGCCGCGGCGGCGGACUCGGCUGUGUUCUGGGCCGAACAGCGCCGCGCUGAGGAGGAGUUCCACCGGCUGCAGCAGCAGCAGCGGAACGAGACGGCGGGCGACUCUACCGACCACGACGACAAGCGCAGUCGGCUGCAGCGCAGGCUGAUGGGACUUCUGGUGCCUGAAAACGCCUCUGCUGGCGACCAGGGCACCCGGCCUUCAGUGCAGCCGCCACCCGCCAGCCAGUCGCCCGGUGUGGGAGUGCUCAGUGGAACCGUCCGCGCGCCCCUGAUGCCGGGCCGGGGCCGCGGCGCGCUGACUUCCCCCCAGAUACCGGCUCCGGGCGUCCGGGCGCCCACCACCUCCCCGAGCCCGGAGCCAGCCGAGACGUCCGGCGCCAGCGACCUGGCGGCGGCGCUGCGCCAGCUGCGCAGCGAGUCCAGCUCGGCGGACGAGGCCGGCCGGCCGUCCCCGACCCUGCUGCCGGCCGGCCAGACCUCGUCGGCCCGUAUGGCGGCCCAGCGGAGGGCGGCCGACGAGCAGCGCCAGCGACAGUAUGAGGCCCGGCUGCAGCGCCGCGCCGGCCGCGCCGCGCCGCCGGAACGAGCUGAGACUGUCCGGCCGAGUCUGUGGGGUGACCAGCUGAGCCCACGAAACGCGCGGCCGAGUCCGUGGGACGGCCAGUCAGGGCCGUACGAUCCGCAGCCGAGGUCGCCAGACUCCCAGCUAAGUCCGCAGGCCGCUCAGACGAGACCGUGGGACGACCAGCCGAGUCCGCGGGCCGCGGAACCUAAACCGCAGGACCUCCAGCCGAGAUUGCAGGACUCCCAGCCCAGACAGCAGGCCACUCAGCCCAAACCGCAAACCGCUCAGCCAAGACUAACUGAUGCCCAGCUGAUAACUCAAGAUGCCCAACCGAGAUCACAGGCCGCUCAAGCGAGUCUGCAGGACUCACUGUCAAGUCCGCGAGACGUCCAGCCAAUUCUGAAGACGGCCCAGCCAAGGCCGCCUGCUGUCCAGACGAGACUUGGGGACGCCCAGUCAAGUCCCUGGGACGUUCAGCCUAAACCGCAGGCCGCCCAGUCGAUAUUGAAGACGACCCAGCCAACACAGUUGCGGCAAGCGGCCAACGCAGCACCGCAAGCCCCACAGGCGGGGCGCGCGGACGGGCUGAAAUCCAAGAUUGACGCCCACCAGCCCAUUCCUGACGGGCUGGGCCCUCGGACGCCACCGACGGCGCCGGGCGGACCGAUCGGAGACAGCCCGCUCCAGGAGAACUCACCACAGUCGCCCGCCGUCCCUGAGCAGCGCCGCUCCACCGGCCGGUUCGAGCGUGUGUCGGCGGCCGUGUGGCGGCAGCGUCUGCUACGCCAGGCCGCGGGGACGCGGGCCAGUGCGGACCAGAGCGCCACAGCCUGUCCGGGCCAGAGCGCCACUGGGCCUGCGGAAAAAACCAAGGGCGCGGCUGGACCAUCGGGGGAUGGCAAAGUUGGACUACCGCCAGAGGAAACGAAGUCACCAGACCAUCAGACCAAGCCGGCUGGGCUAACAGAGAACACGAGAGCUUCAGUUGGACCAUUUAAGAACACCAAACUUGUCUCUGAACAGUCGGUGGACAUCAGGGCUACGGCGGGACCGUCAGGGGACAUAGGACACAUACCUGGACCACCUGAGAGCACCAAACCGGUCUCUGGGCCCGCAGGGGACGCCAGAGUUACGACUGGACCUCCGAAGAAUGCUACAUCGGAAGCACUUCCGCCGUCAGAGAGUAGGAUGCUUGCAGCAGCAGCUGCUGGUCUGUCAGCUAGCAGUAUAACAGCUGGACCUUCAGAGAGACUGAAACCUACCACGGGACCACCAGAGGACACCAGAGUCAAGGCUGCACCAUCAGGAGCUGCUAAACCCCCUGAAGCGCCAUCUGAGGACGCAGCAGCAGUACCUGACCCGACAUAUGCGUUUUUGCCUUUGGACGGCAGUGCACAAGCGUCUGGUCCAUCCGACCCUGCGGCAGGUGUACCCUGCGGCAGUGCGGGUGCCGGCGGCUCGCCGCUCGGCCGACCGGGCUCCAUGGCUGAGAAACUGAGGCGUCUGGUACGGCAGCGGGAGCGCCCGGCCGCCAGCCCUGCGCGGGGUGCAUCGGCGACCUCGGCUACAGCCGACCUGCCGCAACCGGUCCCGACGACCAGUGGUGUUGGUGGCACGGACAGCUCUCAGGAGGCAGGCCAGUCAGUCGAGGCUGGACCGCUAGUUCAGGAGACAGCGGUGUCAGUGGAAACUAGGCUGCCAGUUGAGGCCAGGCCGUCAGGCCAGGAGACGGCUUCAUCAGGGAAGACUCGACUGUCAGUGGAGGCUGCGGCAUUAGUUGAGGCUGGACCGUCAGUUGAUUCUAGGCCGCCAGUUCCAGAGACUUGGCCGCCAGUUGAGCCUAGGCCGUCAGCUGAGGCCGGAAGGUCAGUCACGGCUGCGAUGUCGGUUGAAGCUAAACCCGCGCUUCAGGAGACUUGGCCGUCAGUUGAGGCUAGGCCGUCAGUUCAGGAGGCGGCACCAUCAGUUGAGACUAGACUCGUGGCUACAUCAGUUGAGACUAGACCCGUGGCUGAGGAAACUUGGCCGUCGUUUGAUGAUAGACCGUCAGUUCAGAGCACUGAGUCCUCAGCUGGGGUCAGACCGUCCGUUCCAGAGACGGCGUCAUCAGCAGCUCGACCCGUCGUCCAGGAGAGUUGGCCGUCAGUUGAAGUCACACCGUCAGCUCAGAAGACGGCGCCGCCAGCUGAAGCCCGACCCGCGGCUCAGGAGGCGCUGUCGCCCGGACAGAACCAGGCGCCAGCUGAUGUAACCUCCCCUCCGGCGUCUGACGGCAGUCAACGACGAACACCAAGACAGUCGCACCUGCUGCGACUACUGGAGAUGAAGAAACUUCGGAAAUCAUUGAGCCCGAAUAGGCCGACUGAUGCGACUCCGGCCGGUCAGGCCGAGUCAGCUCCAGCUCCGGCUGAGCCAACGUCAGCUCCGACCAAGACAGCACCAGCUACAGCAGGACUAUCGUCCCCUCCAGAUGACCCAUCACCAGUGUCGGCGGGGCCAGCACCAGCUCCUACUCUCCGUGCCGCAGUACCGGCCCCGGUUAGCUCAUCGCCAGCUCAGGUCGCCUCACUGCCCGCCACGCCCAGUCCGUCGUCAGCUCCGGCCGACGCGCUGCCGCCUCUGGCAGGAUUGUCGCCACCUCUGUCCAGCCCAGCACCAACUGCAGGUGCUGCUGUUGCCGUCACGACCGUGGCCGCUGCAGUGGCCGGCACCAAGGGUCCUGCUGCCGCCGCUGCAAUCCCUGUCGUUGAUGUUGUUACUCCCCAUGCCGGUGCUGAAGCGGUUGCUCCUAUGUCUUCCGCUGCUGCCGUCGCCAAAGUUCCUGUUCCACCACCCUCUGCCGCGUCUGAAGAGCGUCGCUCGGACGCGGCCGGGCCUGAGCGGCCGGCUCCGAAAGAGUCACCCAAGGAACCGCCGGCACCGCCUCCGCGAGCCACCGCCAGCACCAGGCCGUCACUGGAGCACCUGAUGACCUGUAGUGAGCUGCGCGACCGGCCCGCCCCGCCGCGGCCGGCCGCCGACGCCGUCGGCCGCUCUGACUCGGCGCUACUGCGGGUGCUGGUCCACGGCCGCCGCCGCGUGGCCCCCUACUGGCGCACUGAGCAGAUGCCAUUCGCCGAUAUGGUGAUGCAGAAGCUGCGUCCGAUGGCGUUCCGCCCGUCUCGAGUCCAGGCCUACCUGUGGUCGGCGGCCGCCUGCUACCGAAACAUAGUCUGCGUCGGACAGGCGGGCUCCGGUAAGACGCUCGGCUACCUACUGGCCGUGGUAAACAGUCUCCUGGACCCGGACACGUAUGAGGCUGCGCCUACCGGCCACGGUCCGCUCUGCCUGGUGCUGGUCCCGUCGUGGCGCCGCGGUCGGGCCGUCCAGGAGCUCUGUCACGCCGUCACCGACUCGCUGCGCUGUCUGCCUCUGCUGGUACACGGCGGAGGCGCCGAGGCGGAGCAGGAGGUGUCUCUGCUGAAUGGCUGCGACCUGCUGGUCGGUACGCCGGCCUGCCUGCUGCGACUGCUGCGCCGUGGUCGGGACACGUUCAUACAGCUGAGCCGCGUGUGCCACUUGGUGCUGGACGACGCCGACCUGCUGGUGGAGCACAGCGCACAGGCGGUGGAGCAGCUGGCGCUGGCAGUGUUCUCCAUGUGGCGCGCUAGGUCGGAGGAGGCCCUCUCCCUUCCGCAGCAGGUCAUAGCGGCGGCCUCCCACUGGACGCCAGGUCUUCAGGCGCUGACCCGCCUCCUGCCCGACUCGGUGGUAGCCACCUCCUGCUACCUGGAGCAGCUGGUGUGGGCGCGACCACGCGUCUUCACACACGUCCUGGAGGACGACCAGAAGGAGCAGAAGCUGCUCGGUCUGCUGCAGACGGGCCUGCACCGUCACCGUCUGGUGGUGUUCACCAGUACGGACGAGAGUGCCCAGCGGCUGGCCCGUCUGCUGCACUGCCAGUCGUACCCGGUGCUGCUGGCGGACGGCGACCAGCUCGGCGCCUCGCUCACAGAGCUGGAGCGCUGCUGGCGCUCGUCGAGCGGCGACGCGCCCGACGUGCUGGUCGUCAGCGACACUGUGGUGGCCGAGCUCACAGUACGCGACGCCGCCGUCCUCGUCCACUUUGACGUACCCACCGAGAAGCGCACCCAGCUUGGUCUGAGGUGUAGCUACAUGAUGGACAGCUACCCGGACAGACUCGUCAACCCCGAGGCCGAGAACCGGUGCGUGGUGCACCUGUUUGUGUCUCCGUCGGCCGCGGAGAAGAUCGGCCCCCACCUGCCGCAGCUGCUGGUGCGGCUGGGCGCCGAGGUGCCGCCGGCGCUGGCCGAGGCCGCCCGGCGCCGCUCCGGCCCGCGGCGUCUGGCGGCGCUCUGCGACCGGCUGUUGGCCGCCGGCCGGUGUCCGGACCGACUGGGCUGCGAGCGCCGCCACUGGCUGCACCCGACCGCCGACGCAGGACAAGAGGACAUACCGCAGUAUGGCGAGGUGACUGUAUCCGUAUCACACGUUCUGGACGCCGCCACGCUGGCUGUCCGCCUCCUCUCGGUCCGUGAUACCCGUGCGGAGGCUGAGGGCGGAGACGGACGGCCGCGACAACUGGAGGACGCCUGCUGUAGGAUGGAGCUGGAUGUGUGCGCCCACUACAGCCUGCCGGCCAACAGAGUGUGCCACGAGCUGCCCCAGGUGGGCGACCUGUGCGGCCUGCUCUGGGACGACAUGUUCGUGCGUGUCCAGGUCACCUCCCUGGAGACGGGUACCGAAACGUGCGCCGUCCUGCUGGUCGACUUCGGCAACACGGAGACCGUUCAGCGCGCCCGUCUACUGUCUCUCCCGGCCGAGCUGGCCGCCGUGCCGCCGCAGGCCGUCACCGCUCACCUGUGCGGCGUCGAGCCCAUCGACGGCGACUGGGAGUGGACCGAGGGAGCCGUCCGGCUGGCCGAGACCCACCUCAGAGGACAGGUGGCCGUCGGAAAGGUGGUGCUGGCGCUGGGCCGGCACCUGUGGCUCUCGCCGCUCGUCCGUCGGCGCCACCACCAGCUCUACCAGACCAGCGCCACGCUGCUGGACCCGUCGCUGGCCAGCCAGCUGCUGGAGCGCGGCUUCGGCCAGCGCGCGCCGCGCCACCUGGAGAGCCUCUACGAGCUGUGCCGGCGCGCCGGACUGCCGCUCCGGGACCAGUGGAAACCGGCCGACCGCCGCAAGCUCUACCAGACGGAGUUUCUACCCCUGGUGGCGCCACUGAAAACUAACUCCUCGGUGAACAUUACAAACGUCACGAGUCCGGCCGACUUCUACGUGCAGCGUAAUGACGUCUUCCCGCAGUACGAGCAGCUGAUGGCCGACCUGAACCGGUGGGCGGAGGGGCCCGAGCCGGCUCGGCUGGCUUCCUACCGGCACCGCGUCCGGCAGCACUGCGUGGCACAGUUCCCCGAGGACGGCAGGUGGUACCGGGCCCGCGUGCUGUCAGUGACGACAGACGAGGCGGCCGACACCGUCACCUACGAGGUGCUGUACACGGACGUGGGCGACCGGGCCAGCGUCGACGAGAGCCUGGUGCUGCCGCUGCCGGAGCGCUUCGCCAAGCGACUGCCGCUGCAGGCGAUCCGCUGUGAGCUGGCGUUCUGCUCGCCCACUGCGUCCGACGGUGUAUGGUCAGAGGAGGCCGGCGACCUGCUCUAUCAGAUGUCACUGGACGACGAGGAACUGUGGAUUCCCUACCACUGUCAGGUGGUGGGCCAGACGGCCGGCCGACACCGGGUGGUGCUGUACGACCCUCAGCGGCGCGGCGUGCACCACAAACUGGAGGAGGCCGGACUGGCUACAGUAGACGAGCAGGGUCUGCUGGACGCCGACCCGCCCGAGUUUCCGCCGUCCGAGUCGUCCCUCGCCGCCGGCCGCAGCCUCGACUCUGAUGACUCUGACUCUGACUCCGAGCUGCGGCUGGCUGAACAGCGCGCCGGAGUCACCUACCGGGACGUUCUGGAGAUGGCCCCGAAGGAGGACGGUGUGCCGGUGAUGGAGUUUGGCGAGUUCGAGGUGGUCGGAUUCCCAUUCUCGCGGCUCUCCCGGGAGAUGGCGGAGCGCUCUGCCAGCUCUGCGGACUCCAUCGAGGUGAUAGGGCCCGAGUGUGCCGACCUGGCGGCGCCGGCGGCCGCCGAGCAGCCGCCGCCGCCCGUACAGAUCACCGAGCUGACCGGUCCCUCCGCGGCACCGGCGCCGGACACUGACGGCGACUGGGAGAUCGUGCCGCCCAGACAGCAGGCGGCCGCUGCCCCCGCCCCGCCGCCGCCGCCGCCGCCCCUGGCGUUCGGCGCCGAGCCGGUGCGCACCCCGCGUGUCACCUGGUGGCAGGAUGGCGGCCACGUGCGGCUCUGCGUCCACCUGAGCGACGCCCGACAGCCGCUGGUCGACAUCCAGCCCACGCACUUCCACUUCAGCUGCGAGCAGGCCGGCUGUCGGUUUGUGGUGGCGAUCGACCUGUUUAGCGCCGUGCGGCCGCAGGACAGCUUCUACCAGGUGCUCGGCGCGCACGUCCAGGUCAAACUGCGAAAGGAGAAAGCGCUGAGCUGGCGCCGGCUGACGGCCGUGCCCGUCAAGGCCCGCUGGCUGCAGCACGACCUGGAACACCUGGCCGGAGGCGACUCCAGCUCCGACGAAACGUACCUGCCGCUGGUCAGCCCGGCGCCGGCGCCACUGCCGCUGGAGGCACUCCGCCGCGGCCGGGCGCCGCAGCCAGAGCCGGCCGAGGGCGCCGCUGUCACCAGCAGUUCGGAGGACAGCGACGAGGACAUGGAGCACGGCUUUGGCGGCGCGGCCGGCGCCAGCGACCUGAAGCUGCUCAACGACCCGGAGGCGGUCCGCGACCUGCUGCAGCCGGACCCGUGGGCCAGCGGCGGCCUGUGACCCCCGCCGGCCGCGCGACUCUCUCAGGACAAGGCGACAGUUCGUUUUUGUACUGCUUUUUGUUUGUUUUGUGUGUGUUCGCUGCUCGAUGAAUGUCGCCGGCGCGUGUGUCGUCGACGGCGGACGUCAAUUUGCCGUCAAUGACCAAUGAUUGUGUAAAUGCGUUACCGAUGGUCGACCAGUCCCGCCGAAUCGGCCGGUGGGGCGCCGCGUCAGCUCAGUUGCCUGCCGCUCGGCGCGGCCCCUCCAGUCUCCGGGUGCUCAGAAUGUCGUUAAUACAGGCCCUGUAUUGGAUCAAACGGACUUGGACCCUGGGUCCAAGUGCCAACCAACUACGCACUUCCGACGAGGGACCGUCGAUCCGCAUGAAGGAAAAGAGAGUGGGUAAAGUCCAGUACCUCAUUGGUACUGGACCAUCGAGCUAGCCCCAGGGAUUUAAUUGCCAUGGUAGUUUUACGUAAGAACCCCACCCUCGUCGUUGGCACGUAGUUAACAGGUACAACGCAAGGCCAUACUUCACAAAGUCCAUUGAAUCAGCAUAAAGUGCUUCGGGUUUUUAACUGAUAAACUAAACAGACGGAACGCAACCGAUCGCUUCACAAGACGAUACUUGCAAUCCAUUAGGUAUAUAAGCAACUGGAGACUUAUCUUAGAAAAAUAGAUUGUAUAAUGCUUA